GCACUCUAUAUAUAUUGCAAUAACAGAAACUCUGAAUUUUGAGACGUUCCCUCCAUUCUUUAACCUUUGAUGAAAGAAUUUUGAUAGAAGAAUUGGAAGAAGAAGAAGAAGAUAAGAAUGUCAGAUUAUAUGGACGAUGCUGAGGUUGAUAAAGAGGCUGAUCUACCUGAUGAAGAUGAUGGUAGAAGGGUUCACCGGGAGGAUGGACAAAAAGACGAGGAAGCUCUAGAUAGAAGCAUUAAAGCAAGGUAUGCAAGGUCAAGUCACAUGGAAUAUGAGUAUGACGAAGAAAUGGCAGAGGUGGUGCAACAAGCUCUUUCUCCAUCUGUUCAGGAUCCAAAAUUAUGGAUUGUGAAAUGUGUGAGUGGUUGUGAACGAGAAGCAGCUGUUCGCCUUGUGCAAAAGUGUACUGAUAAGGGAGCUGGGUUGCAAAUCUGUUCUGCUGUUUACCUUGAUUAUUUCAAGGACCAUAUCUUUAUUGAAGCAGACAAGGAGGCCCAUGUGAGGGAGGCAUGCAAAGUUCUGGGUAAUUUAUAUGCGCAGAAAAUAGCACGGGUUCCAGUUACAGAUUUGCUUGAUUGUCUCUCAUCUGCAAGCAAGGCACUAGGUCCUUCAAGGGAUAUGUGGGUUAGAAUGAAGUUUGGAUCAUACAAAGGAGACCUUGCUGAAGUAGAAGAUGUGGAUGAUGUGCGACAGAGAGUGACAGUGAAGUUAAUUCCAAGGAUUGACUUACAGGCUCUUGCAAAUAAACUGGAGGGCAAAGAGGUUGCCAAAAAGAAAGCUUUUGUCCCCCCGCCUCCGCCACGGUUUAUCAAUGUAGAUGAAGCUAGAGAACUACAUAUUCCUGUGAAACGAAUAAAGGACGCUAUAAGUGGUGAUUAUAUUGUAAUAAUUGGUGGGAUGAUGUUUAGAGACGGGUUCUUGUAUACAACAGUGUCGAUGAAAUCAAUUAGUGCUAGGAACAUCAAACCAACUCUUGAUGAACUUGAAAAAUUUAGAAAGCCUGGGGAGUAUGAUGGCGAUACUGUCACGAAGCGUCACUUUGUCAAGGGCGAUGCAGUUAUUGUCGUCAAGGGAGAAUUGAAAAACCUUAAGGGAUGGGUAGAGAAAGUUGAUGAAGAGAAUGUACAUAUUAGACCUGAUAUGGAGGACCUUCCGAGAAUUAUUGCGGUCAAUGAGAAGGAGCUUUGCAAGUAUUUUGCACCGGGUAAUCAUGUGAAGGUUGUAUCUGGUACCCAGGAGGGUGCAAGUGGCAUGGUUAUUAAGGUUGAGCAGCACGUUCUCAUCAUUUUGUCGGAUACGACCAAGGAACAUAUCCGUGUUUUUGCUAAUGAUGUUGUGGAAAGAUCUGAAGUGACCACUGCCAUCACGGAACUUCGAGAUGAACUUCAUGAUCUUGUGCUGUCAGAGUGAGUGUUAUACUUCCAGAAAAAUUGCUGUUUUCUCAAUUAAUGGUAGGGGUUGUUAAUAUUUUUUUUUCCCAAGUAUACUUUCUCUGCUGUCAAUGAAACUAGUACCGAACUCUUGCGAUGCUUCGGGUUAUCCGGUUGUAAAACUCAAAACACUAUUUUGAAAGUCCAAAUCAGUUAAUAUCGUAAAAGUACGCA